CACAGAACAGAUCGGACACGCGAACGAGCCUCGCACGACCCUCAAUGUGAGGGGUUGCUUCGACUCUCUCUCACAUAAGAUGCAAAGACGGCACGGAGCAUGUGAGGCGUUUUGAUGAUCCUUCGUCUUUCUCUUUUUCAGCUCCCACCGUUGGUUCACACGUGUCGUACGAUAACUUUUGAACGAUAAAAAAGGAGGAAAGGACGUUUGGUGGUACCUUUGGACUACGUUACCUACGGCUCUCCACUUGGCGGACUCAUUGUUCUUCCCUUACAACCAUCAGGCGGACCCCAGCAUCGCCUUUCCUAUUGCUUGCUUAGAUUGGUUUCUUCAAUUGUUUUCCCUCUAGGUUCUGGAAUUGAAUUGACUCUCCCCCGGACUACAACGUCCACCCUUCGCAACCAUGAACGGCUCAGCGGGUGGCAACAACUACGACAUCAUCGUAGUCGGCGCUGGCAUCUCCGGCAUCAACGCAGGCUACCGCAUCCAGGAGCGACUCCCAGGCCACAGCUACACGAUCCUUGAGGCGCGACACGAUCUCGGCGGAACAUGGAGUCUCUUCAAGUACCCAGGGAUCCGGUCCGACUCCGACCUGCACACCUUUGGCUACCCCUUCAACCCCUGGCAGAAGCCCAAUCCCAUCGCGCUGGGCGACUCCGUGCACGAGUACAUGGAAGAGACGGCGAGCAAGUUCGGGAUCGACAAGAAGAUCCAGUACCACCAUCGCGUCGCGGCGAUGGAUUGGAGCUCCGAGACUCAGCAUUGGAGGCUCGAGGUUGAUGUUGGGAAUGUAGCGAACGUGGAGCGAGUGGAGAGGAAGAUAUUCUACGCGAAGUUUGCGAUUCUGGGCACGGGCUACUACGACUACGAGAACCCACUGGAUGCGAAGAUCCCAGGCCUGAAGAAUUUCCAGGGCCUCACCGUGCAUCCCCAAUUCUGGCCUGAGGACCUCGAUUUCAAGGGCAAGAAGAUGGUCAUCAUCGGUUCCGGCGCCACGGCUGUGACUAUCCUACCCAGCGUGGUGGCCGAGGGUGUCGGGCACGCAACCAUGCUCCAACGCUCCCCAUCCUACGUGAUGAACUCUCCGCAGAAGAAACCCGGGGAUAAGGAUUGGAUGGACAUGCUGCCGCGCUGGCUUGCGCUCCGCCUCGUGCGGCUCCAAUUCAUCGUCAUCCCGUACCUCCUCUACCUCUUCUGUCAGGCGUUCCCCAAGCGCGCCGCAAACUUCAUCCGCAGCGAAGCGAAGAAAGACCUCCCCAAGGACUUCCAAAUGGACCCCCACUUCUACCCUACUUACAACCCCUGGGACCAACGACUGUGCUUCUGCCCGGACUCCGAUUUCUUCAAAUGCCUAGGGACAGGACGCGCCAGUAUGGUGACCGCCACGAUCAAGGAGGUCGUAUCGGACGGCAUCGUGCUCAACGAGACGGGCGAGAAACUCCCCGCCGACAUCAUUGUGACCGCCACGGGUCUCCGCCUCUCUGUCUGCGGGAAGAUCGCCAUCACCGUCGACAAGAAACCGGUCAACAUCGGUGACCAAGUCGCAUGGCACACGACGAUGCUCACCACGAUGCCCAAUCUCGCCGUCAUCAUCGGCUACGCAAACGCCUCCUGGACUCUCGGCUCCGACAGCGCGUGUCGCCUGAUAACCCGCCUCAUCCAGCACAUGGACGCGAACAAAUACACCAGCGCCACGCCACGAGUCGACCCCAAUCGCGCGGCGGCAGAGCUACCGCUGCUGCCGCUGAAGAGCACGUACGUGAAGGAGGGUGGGUCGGCGAUGCCCAAAUCCUUGAACUAUGGACCGUGGUUGCCGAGGAAUAAUUACUUCAUGGAUACGUGGAUUGCGAAUCGGGGGAGCAUUAGUGAUGGACUGGAGUUUAAGAGCGUAAAGUCGUAGGACGGUUGUUUGGAAUCUGUAUUGUUUAAAGGGUAGGAGAGUAACGUGCAGUCGUUGCUACGUUGCCCGGGCUGAUUAAGAAUUCAGGGCUGCCUCGUGGACCAGGGGACUCGGCGUUGAUCUACUCGUAGAAAUGCUGUUAAUUGUAUCGUAACUACGAUGUCACUCGUACCAAUCACCCAUUGCAAUUGCAAUUCACGGUCUUGAAGCACCUCUCAAUCCCCUUGCCACUUCCCCACGGCCCAGAACUGAAAAGAAUUAUCACAUUGGACCCAAUGGGCUAGAAUUGAACGAUGGUCAUCAUUUGAUUUCAUUUCAACAUCCUUUCUUUAUUUCUUUCGUUGGAAAAGUCAUGCUUACGCUACGCUAUCAGUCCACGCCAACGCUCUCAAUGCAAGAACUCAUUGAAAAAAUUGACGGCG